AUCACCUUGAAACACCAUUGACUUAAUUUUGCGCCGAAAGAUAAACGACACAAUAGCCAGUUGUGCACAAUGAGCAAAAAAAUCAACUGGGGUUUGUACUUCUCCGUCCUAUCAAUUAACCUGACUUCGUUCCUAACCGGAGCUGCGUACUCCUGGACUUCCCCUGUGAUCCCGAAACUGAACAAUGCGGGAAAACUCGAAGAAAACCCUUUCGGCCGUUUAAUAUCGCCCUUUGAGGAGUCCUGGCUUGCGAGCUUGAUAAGCGUGGGGGCUUCCAUCGGCCCCGUUUUAAGCGCCCUGGUUGUGGACAAAAUCGGCCGGAAAAAAACCCUCCUAGUGCUCACUAUCCCGAUGAUAAUCCCGCAUUUGGUCCUAGCUUUCGCCAAAAACAUCACCCUGUUUUACUCGAGCCGAUUUUUCCUGGGCCUCGGGAUAGGCUCUGUCUAUUCCAUUGUCCCCAUCUAUGUUGGAGAAAUCGCCGAAGAUGGAAACAGAGGGACUUUGGGCUGCUGCAUCAGCGUCAUGUACGUUUCCGGGACGGUUUUUUGCUUCAUCGUGGGCCCUUUCCUAACCAUCAGAACCCUGUGCCUGGUUUUGGUGGCCCCAGCGGUUUUUUUCCUCAUAAUUGUCAGUUGGCACGUCCCGGAAAGUCCCUAUUACCUCGUUAUGGUGCACCGGAAGGAAGAAGCUGAAGUAGCGCUAAGGAAACUUCGGACGAGUUACGACGAGAAAGAGUUAGAAGAAAUAAUAAAAAAUGUGGAAGCGUCAAAAAACGUAAAAAUCCGACUCGGACAAGUCGUCAAAAGCCGGCUAAUACGGAAGGGAGUGUUGAUCGGGUCCGGAUUAAUUUUCUUCCAGCAAUGUUCCGGAAUCACCGUCAUCGUAGCCUACAUGCAGUCGAUUUUCGAAGCCUCCGGGAGCAGCCUCAAGCCGGAAAUUUCCGCAAUCAUAAUCGGGCUCAUCCAACUAACCACCAACGUGGUCACUUCGCAGCUAAUCGACCGCUUGGGCCGGAGAAUCCUCCUGUUGGGUUCUUUGGUCGGAAUGUUCCUCGCACAUUCUCUCCUGGGGCUGUAUUUUUGGCUCAAGAUCAACGGUUUCGACUCAAUAGUCUCGCAAAUGUUCUGGGUGCCUGUCGGCAGUUUAAUUCUCUAUUUUGUGAUGUUUACCACCGGUGUGGGGCCUGUGAGCUGGUCAAUGCUUGGGGAGAUUUUUCCAACUCAUGUCAGAGCGCACGCUUCCACUUUUGUGUGCUGUGUUUGCUCGGUUUUGGGCUUUGUCCUAACGCUGUUUUUCCCAAAUUUGGCGCAGAUUAUUGGGCUCGGGUUCACUUUUUGGUUUUUUGCGGCGUGUUGUGGCGUUGGGGUUGCGUUCGUGUGGAAGGUUGUGCCGGAGACAAGGGGCAAAAGUCUGCUUGAGAUACAACAAAUUCUGGAAUAUGGCUCAAUAAAACAUUAACGAAU